UACUUAUGUAAAGAAGGCAUUUGGAAAAAGAUGGAGAGACCGUAAAAGUACUUUAAAGAAAUAUUAUUUUAAGACAAAAACAACCGUCGACGAGAAAUUACAAAAUGUCCCGCCAGGAAUGCUGAGGUACCAAUGGGAAGAGGCGGUUAGAUUUUGGAUUUCGAGGAAAGGAGAGGUAUGUGUUACUACAAAAAUCUUGUAAUUAUUUUGGUUUAUAGUAUUUACUAUUUACGUACUAAUAAUUUCAUAACAUAGGAUCGUGAGUGAGUUGGAAAAAGUAGUAGGCAGAAACAGAAAUUCACUCACACAGCUAGGUCGAAAAGUUUUGCUUGUGUAGCUGAGGCCGAGGUAUUUUGAAUUUUUUAAUACUGUCAAAUAUUUAUUACUUUCUAUUAAAUAAUAUUUUUACUACUAUAUUGUAGGAAUUGUCGUCUGGUCAAAAAUUUGGACGUCUUCAACUUUUUGACAUUACACAUAAGAAGAAAGAUGGAUCUCCUAUGACUCCUGAAGCUGCAGAAAUUAUGGAAAAACUAAAGGAUAAAAAGGUGGAGUACAAAGUGAUUGCUUCCAGUAAUAGUUUUGUUCAUAUUGACGACAUUGAUAACCGGAUUAUUACUGAAGUUUUGGGUCCUGAAAGGUAUGGUCGGGUUCGAUUUCAAGGAUCUUUUGUUAACCCAACCCAAUAUUUUGGAUCCAGCUCGCAACGUUACAUGCCUUCGGAGAGUCAGGCUCAAGCUGAAGUUCAGAGGUUAAGAGACCAGAUGGCUCAGAUGCAAGCAACCACAACUGAACAAAUUACACAACUUAAAGCGGAGGCAGCAGCGAGGGAAGUAGAGCAGAGCAGAAAGUACGACGAACUCCAACAUGCGCUUGACUUCCUCCACUAUUUUGGCCUUGUCAACUAA